AUUGAAAGCCUUUUUGAAAUCCAGUUUUAUCAGCGCUUUUUCUGCUGUAAUGUUGUCAAUGUUGGCUCUAGCUGCAUCAGCCGCUGCCUCACGCUCUUGGGGGAAUGCCAGACCCAAGCUGUUUUGUCUUCAGCAUGUCUGCUGCUGCUCAGGAGCAACGACUCGUCCAGAUCAACACUCGUCCAGAUCAACGUCUCGUCCAGAGCAACGACUCGUCCAGAGCAACGACUCGUCCAGAUCAACGACUCGUCCAGAGCAACGACUCGUCCAGAGCAACGACUCGUCCAGAGCAACGACUCGUCCAGAUCAACGACUCGUCCAGAUCAACGUCUCGUCCAGAUCAACGUCUCGUCCAGAGCAACGACUCGUCCAGAGCAACGACUCGUCCAGAGCAACGACUCGUCCAGAGCAACGACUCGUCCAGAUCAACGACUCGUCCAGAUCAACGUCUCGUCCAGAUCAACGACUCGUCCAGAUCAACGACUCGUCCAGAUCAACGACUCGUCCAGAUCAACGACUCGUCCAGAUCAACGACUCGUCCAGAUCAACGUCUCGUCCAGAUCAACGACUCGUCCAGAUCAACGACUCGUCCAGAUCAACGUCUCGUCCAGAUCAACGACUCGUCCAGAUCAACGACUCGUCCAGAUCAACGACUCGUCCAGAUCAACGACUCGUCCAGAUCAACACUCGUCCAGAUCAACACUCGUCCAGAUCAACACUCGUCCAGAUCAACACUCGUCCAGAUCAACACUCGUCCAGAUCAACACUCGUCCAGAUCAACACUCGUCCAGAUCAACACUCGUCCAGAUCAACGUCUCGUCCAGAUCAACGACUCGUCCAGAUCAACGACUCGUCCAGAGCAACACUCGUCCAGAUCAACGUCUCGUCCAGAUCAACGACUCGUCCAGAUCAACGACCGUCGAUCCACUCGUCCAGAUCAACACUCGUCCAGAUCAACACUCGUCCAGAUCAACACUCGUCCAGAUCAACACUCGUCCACUCGUCCAGAUCAACGACUCGUCCAGAUCAACACUCGUCCAGAUCAACAGAUCAACGACUCGUCCAGAUCAACACUCGUCCAGAUCAACACUCGUCCAGAUCAACGACUCGUCCAGAUCAACGACUCGUCCAGAUCAACACUCGUCCAGAUCACGACUCGUCCAGAUCAACGACUCGUCCAGAUCAACACUCGUCCAGAUCAACGACUCGUCCAUCAACACUCGAUCAACACUCGUCCAGAUCAACGAGAUCGUCCAGAUCAACGACUCGUCCAGAUCAACACUCGUCCAGAUCAACACUCGUCCAGAUCAACACUCGUCCAGAUCAACACUCGUCCAGAUCAACACUCGUCCAGAUCAACGACUCGUCCAGAUCAACGACUCGUCCAGAUCAACACUCGUCCAGAUCAACACUCGUCCAGAUCAACACUCGUCCAGAUCAACACUCGUCCAGAUCAACGACUCGUCCAGAUCAACACUCGUCCAGAUCAACACUCGUCCAGAUCAACGACUCGUCCAGAUCAACGACUCGUCCAGAUCAACACUCGUCCAGAUCAACACUCGUCCAGAUCAACACUCGUCCAGAUCAACACUCGUCCAGAUCAACUCGUCCACUCGUCCAGAUCAACGACUCGUCCAGAUCAACACUCGUCCAACGAUCGUCAACAACGACUCGUCCAGAUCAACACUCGUCCAGAUCAACACUCGUCCAGAUCAACGACUCGUCCAGAUCAACACUCGUCCAGAUCAACACUCGUCCAGAUCAACACGACUCGUCCAGAUCAACGACUCGUCCAGAUCAACACUCGUCCAGAUCAACACUCGUCCAGAUCAACACUCGUCCAGAUCAACACUCGUCCAGAUCAACGACUCGUCCAGAUCAACACUCGUCCAGAUCAGACAACGACUCGUCCAGAUCAACGACUCGUCCAGAUCAACGACUCGUCCAGAUCAACGUCUCGUCCAGAUCAACGACUCGUCCAGAUCACACUCGUCCACAACACUCGUCCAGAUCUCGUCCAGAUCAACGACUCGUCCAGAUCAACACAACGUCGUCCAGAUCAACGACUCGUCCAGAUCAGAUCGAGAUCUCGUCCAGAUCAACACUCGUCCAGAUCGUCCAGAUCAACGUCCAGAUCAACGACUCGUCCCGAUCAACGACUCGUCCAGACAACGACUCGUCCAGAUCAACGACUCGUCCAGAUCAACGACUCGUCCAGAUCAACGUCUCGUCCAGAUCAACGACUCGUCCAGAUCAACACUCGUCCAGAUCAACACUCGUCCAGAUCAACGACUCGUCCAGAUCAACGACUCGUCCAGAUCAACACUCGUCCAGAUCAACACUCGUCCAGAUCAACGACUCGUCCAGAUCAACGACUCGUCCAGAUCAACACUCGUCCAGAUCAACACUCGUCCAGAUCAACGACUCGUCCAGAUCAACGUCUCGUCCAGAUCAACGUCUCGUCCAGAGCAACGACUCGUCCAGAUCAACGACUCGUCCAGAUCAACGACUCGUCCAGAUCAACGUCUCGUCCAGAUCAACGACUCGUCCAGAUCAACACUCGUCCAGAUCAACACUCGUCCAGAUCAACACUCGUCCAGAUCAACGACUCGUCCAGAUCAACGCUCGUCCAGAUCAACGACUCGUCCAGAGCAACGACUCGUCCAGAUCAACACUCGUCCAGAUCAACGACUCGUCCAGAUCAACGUCUCGUCCAGAUCAACGACUCGUCCAGAUCAACACUCGUCCAGAUCAAACACUCGUCCAGAUCACACUCGUCACAACAACUCACUCGUCCAGAUCAACGACUCGUCCAGAUCAGAUCAACGUCUCGUCCAGAUCAACGACUCGUCCAGAUCAACGACUCGUCCAGAUCAAACGACUCGUCCAGAUCAACGACUCGUCCAGAUCAACGACUCGUCCAGAUCAACACUCGUCCAGAUCAACGACUCGUCCAGAGCAACGACUCGUCCAGAUCAACACUCGUCCAGAUCAACACUCGUCCAGAUCAACGACUCGUCCAGAUCAACACUCGUCCAGAUCAACACUCGUCCAGAUCAACGACUCGUCCAGAUCAACGACUC